AUGGGGGAUGCUGUACACGUGAAGGUCUGUGAGGGGGCGCCAUACGAUGAGGAGGAGGAUGACGAUCCCCCACAUCCCUGUGAUGACCCCCCUCGUCCCUGCAAUCCAUUCAAAGUGGAAGGGGACUGUCCAUUUCCUUACCUCUGUUUUGAAAGGUUAAAGAAUCCAUCUAUAGGUACAAAGUGCCUGGGAGUCCCGUUCAUGCAUGCAAAAAUUUGUGGUAAAAAGGGCAAACCUACUGCUCCGAAGAAAACAGUGAAGGAAGGUCAUCAUCCUUGUGACCCUCUGCCUCCAUGCAGCACGAUGAAAAAGAUGAGAACAUGUCGGGAACCGGCACUAUGCUUCCACAGGAUCAAGAACCCUGAAUGGCCGAAGAAACCAAUUACGUCGGACUGCAAUCCAGAUUUAUAG